UGUGCCACUUUAUAGCCUUUCACAUGUUUUGUGAUUCUCAUUCAAGCCAAAAAAAAUAAAUAAAUAAAAUAAAAAAUAAAAAAACCAAAAGCUCAACAAAGAACAGUGUGUUUUUUUAUUUUUUUUUUCGAGAGAGAGUGAGAGAGUGAUGGAAGAUGGAAAGAGAGGCACGGUGGAGGAAAACAUUGAGAGCAGAAGGGAGCCUCUUUUGCCAGCAGACGUGUCAUGGAGGCUAAACCUGCAAGAGUUUCCUGUACUGCCUCAAAGAAGAGAUGAACGUGGCUCCUUCAUUCUGCGCCGCUUUCGUCGUACCACAGGGAAACGAUGCAAGGUUGCUGAUUACUACAAGAAACAAGAAAGGCUCCUUGAAGGGUUUACUGAGAUGGAGGCUAUGACUGCAUCAGGUUUUGCUCCUGGAAAUCUAACUGAGGAUGAGAUGAAGCAGCUUGCAAAGAGUGAGAGAUUGGCUAUCCGGAUAUCAAAUUUAGCUAACGUUGUGCUCUUUGCGGCCAAGGUUUUUGCUUCUAUUGAGAGCAGAUCAUUGGCAGUUAUUGCCUCUACCUUGGAUUCACUCUUAGAUCUCUUGUCGGGGUUUAUAUUGUGGUUCACUUCUCAUGCCAUGCGAAACCCAAACCAGUAUCAUUAUCCAAUUGGAAAAAAAAGGAUGCAGCCAGUGGGAAUCAUUGUUUUUGCAUCAGUAAUGGCAACUCUAGGAUUACAAAUACUGCUUGAGUCUGGUCGACAAUUCGUUAAUAAGACUGAGCCUGAAAAGGAUCCUCAGAAGGAGAAAUGGAUGAUUGGAAUAAUGUGCUUCGUAACUGUAGUGAAGUUUGCGCUCAUGGUCUAUUGUCGAAGAUUUAAAAAUGAAAUUGUUAGAGCCUAUGCACAAGAUCAUUUCUUCGAUGUUAUUACUAAUUCAAUUGGUUUGGCAGCAGCUGUCCUGGCCAUUCGAUAUAAAUGGUGGAUUGACCCUACUGGAGCUAUUAUAAUAGCUUUAUAUACAAUGAAUACAUGGACAAAGACGGUCUUUGAGAAUGUAUUUGCACUAAUUGGAAGGACAGCACCACCUGAAUUUUUGGCAAAGUUAACAUAUCUGAUAUGGAACCACCAUGAAGAUAUCAAGCACAUUGACACAGUAAGAGCAUACACUUUUGGUUGUCAUUAUUUUGUGGAGGUUGACAUAGUUUUGCCACAAGACAUGCUUCUGAACAAAGCACAUAAUAUUGGUGAGACACUGCAAGAGAAGCUGGAGCAACUCCCUGAAAUUGAGAGAGCUUUUGUGCAUAUAGACUUUGAGUAUACUCACAAGCCUGAGCACAAGACCACAGUUUGAUGACAAUGGUAGUAAUUGUCAGAUCUCAGCCUUUCCAAAUCACGAGGGCUUUCAAAUGAGUUUCUGAUUCACUUAGUAUUGAUGCAGUUUUAUUGUUCUCCCAAACAGACUGAAUAGGAUUUUAACGUCGCUAAUCCUUGGGAUGCAAGCACUUUUUUUUUAAUGUAAGAUGAUAAAAAUUUGGACAUUUUAUGAUACAAUCUUAUGCUGCAAGCAUUCAUUUCA